GUGCACCCAGGAUCUACCCUUCUGCAAACAUUUAUUCGCAUCAUAUGCGUGAAGAUGUGCUAAUGAGCCUACCCACCACCAACCUCCUCCAACAUCCCACCCCCCUGGUUUCGGCAUGCCGCCAUCGUAUGCUCUUUUCCUCCCACGCACACUCCCCUACCGAUCCACCGCUCCAUCGCUCCAUCGUCUGCUAGAAGGCAUUCAGAAGCCAUGCCAGCGGGAUGGAAGACGCCUCUUCCCCCCAGCCAUAGCCCGCGGCACCACUUCCCCGGUCGGUCCAACUCCAAUGCCCGCUCUGUGCACGCAUGCAGCAUGCUGCUUCAAUGUCUCCUCGUACUGUAUGCUUCGUACAGUCCACAUCCGCUCUUCCAAAUUCCAUGUCAAAGCUGUCCACCGUGGACCGACCUUCUCCCAGGUUGCUGGUACCCGACAGUCUUCCAUCCAUCCACCUACCCACUUACACCUCUGUGGACCGCCUGAACCCCAGAUACCGACAGAGUGCAUAGGUAGAUGGAAUGGUUCCUCUGUACGAAGUAGAGAGGCGCAUAUAGAUUGUCCGCAUGAGCAGUGGUUCUAUCUUGACGUUGCUUUUUUUGUUUCACACAACAUGCUUGCUUUUCCUAUUGCUUUCCUUUCAAGUCUUUAUCAUUAUACCGUACUCAUCGUAGUUGGUGGAGGUCGUGCAGCAGAUAGGCUCCUAAUCGCCCAUCCACGUGGGAUCAGUGCGAGAUGCCGCAGUCCUUCCGUCCUUACGCCCGCUCCAUCAAGCCUAUGAUAUUGACCUCUCUCAUAUCUAUCGAUCACGCCUACAAAUAUACAUGCGCCCAAACAUGCAAUGCAAAUGCCAAUACCAAUGCCAAUCGCGCGCCAUACCUGACACGAGGUGCCACCCACACCCGUCAAGCAACCCCUGUCCAUCGCAGCCAUCCACCCUGAGCACCAUACACACACGCC